GCAUGCCUGCCGAAGCCUCUCUGCUUCUCUGUUCGUCGUUCUGACACGCACAGCCCGGAGGGAACCGUGAGCAUCGAAGAAGCGGUAGUGGGGCCGGGUGGCGACUCCAACAUCAACAGUCCCAUCGUCACCAUGGUGGCUAGCACUGCCGAGUCGGCUCCCAUGACCUUUCCGCUCAACGCGUCGACGAACGUGACUUUCGCUGGGGAGAGGCACCUCCACGCCUGGCUCUCGCACCAGUUCUCGGGACAGUCGGGCUGCGAGCUGUCGUUGGUGGCACGCGCCAGGCAGUUCAGCUCAAUGCUGGUUCUGAUCGGACGAGUUUCGUCUGCAACCAGCUUCGACCCGAAGUAUGCGGCCAUCAUCCAGAACAAGGAUGAGCUGACGAUACCCUUGAAUCUGUCGACGAUUCCAUCCCCAAAGGAGUUCAAAGAUGCCAUUGAGUCUCUCUCACCAGAGCAGCAAGCCUUCGCGAAAGCCUUCCGCGCGAUGCAGCUGGAGUCGACCUUGUUUGGUGUGCUGGUGGUGCAGAUUAAGCCGCAGCUGGAGCGCGUGCUGAACCUGGCGGACGACAGCCUGACGAAGGAGAUCAAGCUCACACAAGAUUUGAUGCAGCUUUUCAUCAAGUAUCAGAUCCCCAGUGACUUGCUCUCCUUUGACGCCACCUCCGGCGAGGCGGAGCUCUUGAAUCCCACGGCGGCCGAGCGCUUGGAGCGCGUGAAAGGACAUGUGCAAGCGAUGCACGAGAUGCUGGCUCAGGCUAAGCAAGAGGAGAUCCAGGAUCGAGAGCAAGAAGUUCUCUACGACGAUCCCUUUGCGAACCAGCCGAGAGGCAAGGGUGCUGCUCUCAAACACAGAGCCCGGCCACAAGGUGGAAUGAAGCACGCAAUCCAGCUUCAAGCCUCCCCCGUCCUGUGCGCGGCGGAAUCCGCGAUGGCACCGGUGCCAGCGCCACCGUGCGCUGCACCAGUUGUCGUUGGAUCUGCUCCUCCCCCCGCACCACUGCCACCGCAGCAGCAGGAGCCGCAGCAGCAGCAGCAGCAGCAGCAGUCGGUGCCACAGCCCACUCAGAAGUUUGUCGACGAAACCGGUUCGGUAGGGGCCAGCUCCGGCACCCGGGACUACACACAGGUGCCAGUGGAAAUGGACCAGCGCUUUGAGAAGCUUGACACCGACAAUUCCCUCCGGCCGACCAUCAUCAAUCCCGGUGAGAGGUGGACAAAGCAGUCUCAGAAGGCGUUGUUGGCCAGCCCUUCUACGUCCCAGUUGUCCAAGGCAGAGCAGAAGACGGAAAGAGAGGCCGCCUUCGAUCUCCUGGAUGCCCUGACGAAGUCUGGGGCUUUGCCCCUGACCCACGCGAGCCUGCACGUGGUAAUCGCAGCGACGCAUUGCUUCGACAAGACCGUCACGGAGACCGUCAUCCAGAACAACGUCAACCCCAUCGCGAAAGUUGAGCGCUCCUCACUCAUCAUGGCCUCCACGGUGCACCAGAAACCGGUCCAAGACCUCAUCAAAGAUGAGCAAGUCCAGAGAGUGACGGACGCCUCCCCUCAGCUCUUCCUGGAAGACGCUAGCUGA